AUGUCUGUCCCCACGAGUCAAUCCCAGCGCCUCACAGAAGCCGCGUACCAGUGCCUCCCCGGCGGGCCGCUCGACGUCGACAAGGCCCUGUACGAUAAGAUCGCGGCGACCGCUGCGCCCGGCGGCGGGCGCACGCUCGCCGAGAAGUUUGUGCUGCCUAUCCGCAGUGGCCGCGCAUGGGUUGUGCCCGCGGGCUCCGUGUGCCGCAUCGUCGCGGUCGCGGGUGCGCAGGUCGGUGACCUAAAUAUCUGGUCGCGCGCAAACCCGCGCGAGCGCCUGUGGGCGUCGCGCACGCGCCAGCUGCAGCGUGCGCACGUUUCUGUGUACGACCGCCUGUGGUCGACGCUGCCGUAUUUGCGGCCGCUGUGCACGAUCACGGGUGACUCGCUGAAGGACUACGGGACGGACGGGGAGGGAGGGCGGGUGCAUGAUCUGCUGGGGACGCGGUGCGAUCCGUAUGUGAAUCGGAUGCUCACUGGACAAGAUUUUGACUAUCACUGUCACUCCAAUCUCACCCGCGCCAUCCGGCCAUUCGGCCUCGUCGAGUCCGACGUGCAUGAUGUGCUCAACGUGUUCCAGUGCACGGGCCUGAACGACAAGGACCAGUACUUCAUGAAGUCGUGCCCCGCGAAGCAAGGCGACUACUUCGAGAUGUGGGGCGAAGGUGCGGACGUCGAUGGAGAGGAAGAUCCUACCCUCGAGUGCUGCCGCCCUCUCGGCGUCGAAGUCUGGUCCGUACCUCCUUCGGCUUUAGAGGGGUGGCAGCCGCCCGUGCCCGCAUUCGAGGCAUACAAGGGCUCGCAUGCGCUGCGAGAAGCCAAAUGGGAGGAGGCAUGA